CUGUUCUUCCUUUGGGUCUGUUUGGUGCAUCUGGCAGGCCUCUGCUUUUUCACCAAAGGCUUUCUGCUGACCCGCCAGAUCCUGGAGUCCAGAAGCACCUGCGACGAGCCUCCAAGAGACUUUUGGCCUGGCCAUGACCAUGACCGCAGCCCAUCCGCCAAUGGAGAUGCUUAUGGUUGUUGGCUCCGGCCAACCUUCAAGAAAGCCGUCAUUCUGAUCAUUGACGCGCUGCGCUACGACUUCACCAUCCCCUACUCUCCUUCCAUUCAAGCAGCGGAAGAAAAGCCAUACCAUAAUGCCCUCACCGUCCUGCACACCCUCGCAAGCGAGAGACCGCGCAAUGCCCUCCUCCUCCCCUUUCUCGCUGACCCUCCGACCACCACCCUCCAACGCCUCAAAGCUCUAACCACAGGCACUCUCCCGACCUUCCUUGAAGCCGGCUCCAACUUCGCUGGUUCUGCCCUCGCCGAAGACAACCUCCUCGACCAGCUCCUCGCGUUUCCCUCGUCUUCCUGCCCCUCUUCCUCGUCCUUCGCCUCCUCCGAUCACAAUCCUAAGCAACGGCGCCUCGUCCACCUCGGCGACGACACCUGGCUCAAACUCUACCCGGACCAUUUCGUCCCACACCUCUCCCACCCUUUCCCCUCUUUCGUUGUCGAAGACCUCCACACCGUCGACACCGGCGUCAUCACCCACCUCUUUCCCCUCCUGCGCAAUGACACUCUCCGCCACGAAUGGGACGUGAUCGUUGGCCACUUUCUGGGGGUCGACCACGUCGGCCACCGGUUUGGAGCCGCGCAUCCACUGAUGCGGGACAAACUCCAACAGAUGGAUGCGGUGGUGCGCGAAGUGGUCGCGGCUCUGGACGAUGCUGACGAGGAGACGCUUUUGGUCGUCAUGGGGGAUCACGGGAUGGAUGAGAAUGGGAACCAUGGCGGGGAGACACUGGAGGAGGUUCUGGCUGCUGUGUGGUUAUAUUCGCCUCGGGCGUUUGUGGGGAGAAGGGUCAGUGGUCAUGGUGAUAAACGUGACGAGGGGGCAGCGGCGGUGCCCCAGGUGGAUAUCGUUCCGACGCUGGCGCUGCUGCUCGGAGUGCCGAUCCCGUUCAAUAACCUUGGGAGGCCUAUCGAAGAGGUGUUUGCUUUUGGCUCGGGAGGGAGCGAUGGACAAAGAGAGGAGAUAAAUUGGGAACGGUUGGUGAGGGCGAAUGCGCUAGCUGUUGCACAGAUGGAGCGGUUUCAUGCCGAGUAUACGAGGCUUCAUGGGAGUCAUAAGAGUGGUGUUGAGGUCCGCAUUGGAGACUUUGUCCAGGGCGGUAUAGAUUACGGGGAUGAGGGCUCCGUGCAGCGGGCUUAUUGGGGGUUGAGGGAAUACCAGGCGGAGAUGUUGAAGGGCUACCGACGGGUUUGGGCGCAGUUCAACGUCUUAAGUAUGGUCGAGGGGGUAGUGAUUCUGCUACUGUGCGUUAUUGCAAUGGUCUGCGCUCUCGUUGAUGGGUCUUGCCUCCAUGGGCCGGAAAUCAAGUCGAAGGCAGCAUUUGCUGGGAGCAUGGUGGGCGUUCUUGCUGCAGCUGCUCACUUCGUCUAUGCGGACCCUGUAUAUCACGUCGUCGAGAGUCUCAUCUUGGGCGCCACUAUAGCCAGUCUGACAGGUUUGAUCGCAGGGACCGACUGCAAUGCUGUGCGCCGGCGUUGGCAGUUCGGACUCAGCAUCGGGAGGUUGCAGGCCGUGUUGUUUCCUCUGGCUCUGGCGGCUGGCUUCGCGUCGAACUCCUACACCAUCUGGGAAGAUGAGAUCCUGCUGUUCUUUCUCUCCAGCUUUGGGAUCUGCACAUUAGCCUCUGCCACCCAGCCAACUUCUUCCGUUCUGUUCCUGCUACUGACUCGCCUCGCCUCCUAUAGCCGCCUGUGUCGAGAAGAACAAUUACCCUCGUGCCGGACCACCUUCUACCAACUCGAGAACUACGUCCCCUGGCGUAUCCUCGCCCCAUUUCUGAAUGUCUUCGUUAUGCUUCCGGCAUCCAAGGGCUUGGGAAAUAGAUUCAAGAACGCGUGGAACACACUCUACAUUCCUGCACUCUUUCUCCACAUUCCGUUCUGGACACUUCAGACAGCCAGCGAGCAGGGCUGGCUCGCCAACAUCGUCACAGACUACACCUCCAAGGCUAUAUGCAUAGUAAUCGCUCGAAUCGUGCUGCUCGUUAGUAUGAUUGGCCUCGGAUCCGUCUUGCUGUCCUCUAUUCACUACGACAAACCACACAUUCUCACCACCGCCAUCUUGCUAGUAUAUAUCCUGGUGAGUCCCCCCACCAGCGGUGUUCUGCUUGCAUGCCUUUACUCCCAACUCCUCCUGCUCCCACGCAUUACAAACCACCGAGUCGGUCCCACUAUCGCUGCUCUUCUGGGCUCAUUUUACUUCUUCGCAACCGGUCACAACGCCACCUUUGCCGCCAUCCAGUGGAAAGCCGCGUAUACUGGUUCUCGGGAUGUGGUGUAUCCGUGGUCCCCGCUGCUGGUUGGGAUGAAUACAUUCGCAGGGCCGCUUCUGGCGGCGUGCGCUGUUCCUUUCUUCUUCACCCCGUUUGACUCGUCUUCUUCGCCGAAGAGCAUGGAAGCUCGAGCCCAGAUGAUCCUCGCACAUGGUACCGUUUACACCCUCUGGGCCGCCGCCACGGCGACCUGGGCGUGUCUUCUCCGGCGGCAUCUGAUGCUAUUUGCCAUAUUUUGCCCGCGGUUCCUACUGGCUGGGGUUUUGGUAGGGGUUGUGGAUGUGAUUGGGUUAGUGAACUCGUUUGUAAUGUAG